UUGUUGCUCAAAGCUCCCUUUCAUUCUCUCCACCACCUGCUAGGUUAUCCCUAAUGGAGAGUUUUCUUUCUGCUGUCCUGGGUGAGCUGGCCUCUAGAUCCAUAAAUUUCAUCAUCAGCAAAAUCUCCAAGCCGAAGGUGCUGGAGGUGGAGGACAGACUGGAAAGGACUCUCCUCAGGGCUCAGGUAAUCGUCGAUGAGGCAACAGGGCGCAGCAUCACGAACCAAGCUAUGCUCCAGCAGCUGGACAUGCUGAGAGAUGCCAUAUACAGAGGCUGUUACAUGCUCGACACCUUCAGAUACCAAUCUCAUGGUGUGGAGGACGACAAAGAUCAGGUUUUGAGUCAUUCUUUGUCUCUCUCCAAAGUAAAUUCUCUGAUAGCAAUCCGUUCUUCCAAUAGGAAGACACCGGUUACAGAACAAUUGCAAGUGGCCCUUAACAAUUUGAACUCUAUUAUCCUUGAUGUGAAAGAGUUGGUUGUGUUCUUGGCGAGCUACCCUCGCCUGUACUGCCAGCCUUAUAGCAUGCAUCUCCAACUGAGCAACUGCAUGUUUGGUCUCCAGAUGGAAUUGGAACUUGUCAUCAACUUCUUGUUAAACACACAGCCUCACGGUUCCGAAGAAUUGGAGGUUCUGCCAAUCGUUGGUCCUUGCAAAGUUGGCAAGAGCACCCUUGUUGCUCAUGUUUGCAAGAAUGAAAGGGUUCGUGAUCAUUUCUCAGAAAUCUUGUUCUUGCACAGCCAUGAUUUUACAGAUGAUAACCUCUCUUUAUUCAGAGGAUGUGCAAUGAGACAUCAAAAUCACAUAUCGAAUAAGAAUAAAGACAGGGGUUGCCUAGUUGUUAUCGACUUAGUUGGUGAUCUUAAUGAAGAUGUGUGGAAUGUGUUAUAUUCUUCUUGUAAACAGCGCAUGCCAAGAACCAGUAAAAUCAUAAUCACAAGCCGAUCUGCCAAGAUCACGAAGGUUGGAACAACACAGGCUCUAAAUCUAAAGUACCUAUCCCAUGAAGCGUUCUGGUAUUUUUUAAAGAUAGUUAUAUUUGGGAGUAUGGAUCCAGAGAUGCACCCAAGGUUUGUGCAAGUGGCCAUAGAGAUAUCCAAUAUAUUGGACAGAGAACUCAUUGCUGCGAGCGUGGUCGGUCGUUUGCUGAGGGACAAUUUUGACAUUCACUUUUGGUGCAAGGUUCUAGCCUUCUUGAGAAGGAUUAUCUACACACAUAUAUCUAAAUUUGGUGUUCGUCCAAUUGAUUUUAUAAGCCAGAAUAAACAUGUCCAUCUUGGGAGAAUGGCUGCACCUUUUCAAGAUCUUGUAUUGUAUUGUGAGCAUCAAAGCUCUUCACAAGAGGAUGUUCCAAAGAUAAGAUUAGUAGAUGUGAUGUAUGGAAGUGUUACGGCUCUUGGGAAAUUGGAGUUCCUAGUAUGGAUUUCUCCAAUUCCUCCCUACUAUAGCUAUGUUGUUACUUGUGAGGUCCGAGAGCUAAAACGUAGAGCUGCCAAGAGGAAACGUUCUAUAGAAAAUGGAACGACUCUUUGUUAAUUUGAUUUAUUGUUAGGAACAAGGAAUGUCUUUGUAUGUUUUGUUGGGGUGUCACAAGCUACAGCAUAAUAAUUAAUGAUGUCACAGGUUGAAAAAUUGUGGAACCAUA